UUAAGUACAGUACUUAAGCAAAUAUACUUAGUUACAUUCCACCACUGAUCAUAACAUUUACUCUUACCACUACAAACUGACGUUGAACACUUGCUGUACCCUUUUUUCCCAACUUUUUUCAGCGGUCCAAUGAAGCGGUGAAGCGUCAACCUCAUAUGUUUCUGUUUCAACCUGUUUUAUUCCAUUGAAAAUGCUAUUAGUCAGUUGCUAGUGCUAUUUAACAAUAUAAUUAUGCAAACCAGUGCUUGAGCCAUUUUGUUGCUUGUUGUUUGAACAUAGCGCAAGACUGCCCAAUAAACAUGCAACCUGCAUUGGAGUCAUUUUAAUCUAUUUUAUACUAUUCAUGAUCCCAGGUUGAGGGACUUGGAGGAUCAGUUCCAGGGUCUGCGUACCUCGAUUUGUGCAGUGCCAGCCUUGAAAUUCAAGGUAGAAAAUUUCUUCUGCAUGGGCUCUCCUCUGGCUGUUUUCUUGGCGUUGCGAGGGAUCCGGCCGGGAAACAAUGGUGUGCAGGGCCACAUCCUCCCCACAUCUAUCUGCAAACGCCUCUUCAACAUAUUCCAUCCCACAGACCCUGUGGCAUACAGAUUGGAGCCUCUAAUCUUAAAGCACUACAGUAACAUUGCACCUGUUCAAAUCCACUGGUACAACACCACCAGCCCAACACCGUAUGAUCAGAUCCGGCUCACACUGCUCAACCCUCCAAAGGAGACCGCAUCUAUCUCCGACUCAGAGAGCAUCCCCAGCCCCUGCACCUCCCCACCCCAGGCCAGACGCCACUAUGGAGAGUCCAUCACCAGCCUUGGCAAAGCCAGCAUCAUGGGUGCUGCCAGUCUUGGAAAGGGAAUCGGAGGAAUCCUGUUUUCCCGCUUUUCCCGUUCUAGUGGCCAGGUGGGCGGAGUGGAGGAGGACCCAUCAGAUUCUGAGGGCGGGGCCUCUGAAGUUGAAAAUGUGGCAUCAGGAGUGGAAGUGGCAGAGAUCGAAGAAAAGGACAAAGAACUAGAGGAGGGGAGGACAGAGGUGGAGCCUGCCAUGUACCAGUCCGCCUCAGCUGUCAUGGACAACACCUCCUUGGAACUGGAGAGACGCAUCGACUUUGAGCUGCGGGAGGGCUUGGUGGAGAGCCGCUAUUGGUCAGCAGUGACCUCACACACGGCCUAUUGGUGCUCUUAUGAUGUGGCACUGUUCCUCCUCACCUUUAUGUACAGACCACAAGAUCCUCUUGAACCUGCAGAAGACAACCCAGAGACCUCAUAACGUGCAAACUGACACAUGGAGCCAUCACGUGUCAUAUCACUUUGUAUUUACGCUUUUUGAGAUAUAAACUGAAAGACCCAUUUAUGGAACAUAAAAUUAAUAAUGAAGUCUCUUUAUUCAGUCAUUCUUCAUUUUCGAAUAUCUUAAUUCAGAUACAAAUAUAAUGUAAAAAAACAAACAAUUUAAUAUAUUAUUUGGAAACGUGAAAUAUUGGAAAAUAUUCAUAUUUUAAAUCAUGUUUACUUUUAGUUUAAUCAAAUAAUGAUUAAUGCCAUAUUAGUAUAUGUGACUAUUAGUUGAUUUGAUUGGAAGACAUUUUUAAAAUACAAGAGUUAAAGUCUAAAGCCCUGCUAGCAGCCUAAAUACUGCAAUGUUCACCCUACAGUGUUGCACAAAACUAUUUGUAUAGUUUUUAUUGUAUUUUUUUAAUUUAAAUUGGCCAUGCAUCAUUCUCCCACAAAUGGCUAAUACUAUUGCAAUUUGAUUGAAAGAUUUCAUUUCAGAAUUGGCAGUCCAAGACUUCCAUAUACUACUCGCCAAGCAAACUAAAAUGUUAUAAUCGAGUGAAUUGAAAAUUAUUUGCAAGCGUACACACAAAUCACUUACCUAUUUUACACAUUACAUCUACAUUCAUAGUUUACACACUCAAUAAAAUAAGAUAAUCCUUUAUUAGUCCCGCAGUGGGGAAAUUUACAGGAUCACAGCAGCAAAGUGGACAGUGCACACAAGGUACAUGGUAAAGAAGAAACAAAAGCAGCAAGUAUUAUAACCUAUUCUAACCUCGAUUUGACUCUUGCAGACUGAGUGGACAUAUAGUAUACUGUGCCUGUCCUCUUUUUCCUGGUAUUCUCUCAAUGAAAACAACAACUGUUUCCCAUGCUGUACCCUGCUGUGUCCGGCUGUAUCAGUGACGUCCUACCGAAGGUCUUUGUGUCUGAUUGGUCCGUGUCAUAGAGAAAGCCCCACUGCUGGAUCCAGGUCUAGGCUUAUGUUUGUGUUAAAAUAUUUUCAAUAAUUUCUCAUAAUCUCAUGCCUCAAAUGAGAACAUAGAAACCCUAUAGUGAUGAUGGUAAGUCAUAUUAUAAAGAGGGCUAAAGGGAAUUAUUUUUCAACACAAUGCUCCACACAGAGAUCGAAUCUUAAAACCUAAAUACAGCAUUUAGUGAUUUUAACCUCUUGAUCAUUAGCUAUUAGCAGGUAACAGUUGGCGAACACUGGCACUGUGUUCUCCCAGGAAGGGUAGUGUGAGCAGCAGCAGCUUCAGUGCUUCGCCUGUGUCCCACAGGAUACAUUCAGGCAGUUUUGAGUGUAGGUCACCUGCGUUUUGUCAGCACCCAGAGCCACAAUCACUGCAGUUACGCAUAUAAAAGGGUAAUAUACAUAGUCACUGUUUUGUAUAAUUCCAAUGCUGCUUUAGGGUGUCUGUAUUUCAUGCACUUAAGUAACCAGGUUGCAGCCUGUUUUCUUUUUGAUAUUUGAUUUCUUACACUCUGAGAAGGGGAGCCAUUGGGCACCAUGAUUUUUGUUAACAGUGAAGACACUGAAUUCGGUUUAAUUCAGUUAGUUUUCACUGUUUUUAAUGCAAAAAUAAUUGCUGACAAUCUGGAAAGAAAAAUGUUGCCUGCAUGUUUAAAUGUAAACAUAUAAACAUCACGUAAUCAUCCACAAAUAAAUUGGGAUUCUUAAAGUAAGAGUCUUUUGUUUAUUAUAAAAUUAUUGCGGUAUGACAUCAUCAUUCUAGAGACUGCAGAUGGAACAGAUGCCUGUUAAAGUCACAAACAAAGCAUGACAUGGAUAUGUGCGAUGUACAUAGACAAUGGGCUUUCAUGUAUUUUGAUUUACUCAUGACUGGUAUGCAGACCAAUAUUUAGAACCUGUUGAUUCUACAAGGUGUACAUUUUAAAUACAAAUUACUUUAAUGACAAACUAAAAAGCACUCAAACCUGCCAUGAAUCAAGCUUGCAAUGAUAUAUUUUGAACUUAUGUUCAUUGCUUUGUUGUAAUACAUGUUUACAGUCUUUUGAAUUUUCUUAAAUUUGAUGUAUGUAUUGUAUUCUCUAGGAGGCGUAAAUGAGUUUUACACCUCAAAUAUCUGUUGGAGAUGGAAAACUGGCUGGCUCAUCACAGUGAGGUUAAAUUAAGUUAAGAAAUGAUUUCUGACUCCAGUGCAGUUCUGCCUCCAAAAUACUCUGAUUCAACUUUUUUCUCUCUGGCUACCAACUGCACUCAAAGUUAAGUCAUCUUGUUGAAAGGCUGUUCUAGUGGUCAGCUAUUAGAACAAAUGUGAAUCUUCUAAGCUUGAUUGCUUAUUUAACUCCAGCAUCCUUUGAAUUAUGUUCAUAUCGUUCACAUGGUAUAACGAUGUGACAGUGGUUCUGCGCACUGUUCUCCUGAUCUGGAUUCUUUCUAUCAUAAACUGUAAACCCUUCUACUCCCCCCGUGAGUUCGCUUCAUUCAUACUAGUCGGUGUUUACAUUCCACCGCAGGGCAACGUGCAGGAGGCACAGCGCGCUCGCCGACCAGAUACUGUGUGUGGAGCGGACCUACCCGGACUCUCUAGUUAUUGUCCUUGGUGACUUUAACAAAGGAAACCUCAGCCAUGAACUCCCCAAAUACAGACAGUCUAUUAAAUGCUAAACCAGAGGAGAACAUUUUCGACCACUGUUACACCACAAUCAGCGGGGCCUAUUACGCCGUCCCUCGUGCUGCACUGGGUCUCUCUGACCACGUCAUGGUCCAUCUGAUUCCUGCUUACAGGCAGAAAUUAAACGUAAGCCUGUUGUCAGGAAAUCAAAGCAGCGGACCAGUGAAGCUAUGGAGGAUCUUCGGGCGUGCUUGGGGACUGGGAUGUUUUCAGGACUGCUACCAACAAUCUGGAU